GCAGAUAUAACCAAGCAACUAUAUUUUUAAAUAUGUUUUUAUCCGGGAAGACCCGUGACCGUAAUUCGGGAUUUGGCAAGCAGUGCGCGCCUGUUUGGAGGGGCGAUCCAGUACAUGAACAAAAAUCACGACCCAUGUGAUCAAGAUCAGGAUCUAAAGGUAACUGGCAGAAAUUGCGGAAAAUCCCUUCGCCCACGCUUUCCCAGAGUUCUUGCGUGCGAAGGGAGACCGUCUCUUCCUCCUCCUUUCUCAGAACGAGAACCCUAAAAGCCUUUUCAUCAGGUGCCUCUGUUGGAGACCGGCAAUGGAGCUUAGUUCUGCAGUUUCUAGGAAUUGACAGUGAGGUCCUCAGGGAAACUGAAGGAAGGUGCUUAUCUUUUAAACUGAACAAGAACCGGGAUAAUGGCGUUCAUGUUGUGGAGGUCGUUUUUGUCUUGAUUCAAAGACCGAACUGGGGAGGACGAGUUAAAUGACGAAUGGGUGUUUGAGCUUUAGUCUUUUGGCGUCUUUCAUUCUGAACGAAUGGCCGUCUCCACGAGCUGCCAAUGAAGCUACAACUGCUGGUAUGCUAAGGAAUUCUGUGCGUAAUACAUACAACUGCUGGUAUGCUAAGGAAUUCUGUGCGUAAUACAAGUUAUUGAUUCUACAGUUUUUGGCAUGUCUGAUGAAAGUGCUAGUUCAAAUAGCUUUGAUUAUGAAGAGAAGAAGAGGAAGAGACGAAGAAGAUUGGUCUUGGCAUGUGCCAUCGCUGUAUGUGCAUAUUAUGAGACUUACAUGGUCAAGAGACGUCGCCGCAUGCCAUCACUAGAAGGUGCCAAAUAUGCACACCGAAUACUUGGUCAAGGUCAUGAAGAACAUUACCAAGAUGUUUGCCGCAUGAAUUUAAGAAUCUUUAGGAAGCUUUGCGAUAUCGUUCGCAAGAAAAAUCUCCUACAUGACACAUUCGGUGUCAAGUUGGAAGAGCAACUAUUGAUGUUCUUAUACACUAUUGGAAAUAAUGUAAGCAAUCGCAACGUUCAAGAGCAUUUCCAGCAUAGUGGUGAAACUGUUAGUCGUCAUUUCAACAAUGUGCUGAAUGCAAUUUUUGAACUCUCAUAUACAUAUAUCCGUCUUCCUUGUGAUGAAGACCUUUCAUGCAUUCCUGAACAAUACAAAUUUUCUCCUUUCAAGGAUUGUAUUGGUAUGGUUGAUGGUUUCCAUAUACCUGUCACUGUUGCUGUUGAGUGCCAAGGCCCUUUCCGCAAUAGAAAGGGUUCCUUGUCUCAAAAUGUUAUGGCAGCGUGCUCUUUUGAUUCACGUUUUAUGUAUGUGCUCGCUGGUUGGGAAGGAUCUGCGACAGAUGCUGAUGUCCUACAAGCAGCAUUACAGGAUGGGUUCCACGUCCCUGCAGGCAAAUACUAUCUUGUUGAUGCUGAAUACAAGAACACAACUAGCUUUUUAGCACCAUAUCCAGGUGUGAAGUACCAUCCAAAAGAUUUUGAAGGUGAGAAUGAAGAACCACAGACUCCUGAGGAGCUUUUCAACCUCAAACAUUUUAGAAUUGGAGGCAGAAUUGACCGCACAAUUGGGGUGUUGAAAAAGCGAUUUCCCGUGCUAAAAGUAGGAACUUCGUAUCCAUAUGAAUCACAAGCAAAGUUGGUGGUUGCAGCUUGCACAUUACACAAUUUUAUCUUGAUUGAAAAUGGAGGUGAAGAUUUGCUGUUCACUGAAUAUGAUAACGAGGUCUCGUCUCAAGCUCUGCACCAAGAAGCGAUUGCAGCCACGUCGCCAAAUAGUUACCCACUAGAACAGUGGCAGGAAGGCAAUGUGUUGCGUGAUUGGAUUGCAGAUGCGUUGUGGGAAGAGUAUUUAACUCAAUGAAUGGUGGUGAAGAAAUUAUUUUUCUGUUCUUUUUAUGUCACUAGCUGGUGUAAGUAUUUCUCCCUCUUCUGUGACAUCCAGAAUGGUAGGGUUUGGCAAUAUAUUUCUUUGCACUGCGGCAAGUUGUUUGUUAGAUGAUAGUCUUACCCACUUGAGUCAUCUAUUCUUUAUCAACACAUUUGUAAUAUA